AACUAACGUGACAGCAGCGCAGGGCUUUGUAGCUGGGUUAGCUAUAGCUAACUACUUAAGGUUAAUUAACGCUAACUACCUAACUAGUUAACUAACGCCCAGCACAACUUUACAUUACUUUCCACCUCAUUGUGCGUUCAAAAAGGCUUUCACCAACCAAGUGGAGCGUCGCCACGGUGGACACGUCGUUUAAGUAGUUGACUGUUCAUCGUAAAUUCAUAGAAAUCGGUUAGCUCGAAGCUAACUGUAGCGUUAGCUCAACUCGAACAGUUAGUUAAAAAAAACCAAAACAGUUGUCGGUUCAUGAAUGAGCUCCCCCGCCGUUUGAACGUCCCUCCCAGUAGGGAGGGAGGGGGGUAGCUAGCUAGUUUUAUGGAUUAAUUCAGCAUGUGACCACGGGGGGUUGUGCAGCGGUAACUUCAGCCAGCUCACAAGCUUUGCUGUUCCGGGGAAGCGACGCUAGCUCCCUGUUUGUUUCGUCCCUCUGGCUAUCCAGCGAGCUAACACUCACUCUGCUGUGGACUAGGCUUCUCUGCCGGAAAGGGCAACAGAUAACCAUCGGUGUGUGCUGGCCUCUCUCAUCAUAAGCACAAAGCCCUGAAGAUGGAUGAGGCCAUUCUGACAGUCAACAAUGAGCUGGAUGCCGAGGUGGUGGUGUCCUGGGUGUCAGAGCGAUGCUAUCAGUGUUUGUACCAGCAGCUGGGGGUGCUGCCUGCAGCUCCCAAUCCUGGCCAGCCCAGUUCUGCAAACUACAUCGUGAGCACGCAGCAUGAAAUUAGACUACAGCUCAGCAGCGCCACUGUCAACAAGGAGCUCUGCACGGUUCCAUUCCACUUUGGGGAGCACGGGAACUACUCUCUGUGGGUGAAGAAUCUGAACAACGCCUCGGUGGUCAACUGCUCCGUGGUGACCGACGCCGAACCCGUUUACAGCUACAUUCCGAUCUUGGUAGCUUUCCUUAUCUUCGCUGGGCUGGCCUUGGCUUCUGCCAUCGGAACAAAAAUAUUAGGGCUUGACGUAGUGAAGGGCAUCCUGUUCCGAAUCGGCAGCUCCAUGGAGACCGAGAGGCUCAUCAACUCAGAGCUGGGCUCCCCUGGCAGGACGGUGUCCCUCGUUGCUGACAACAUCCUCCCUCCAGCCCCCAGCCCCAGCAAGAGGCUCCGAUCUCUGGACACAUUCCGAGGCUUGUCCUUAGUCAUUAUGGUGUUCGUGAACUACGGAGGAGGGCGGUACUGGUUCUUCAGACACGAAAGCUGGAAUGGCCUGACUGUCGCCGAUCUAGUCUUCCCGUGGUUUGUGUUCAUAAUGGGGACCUCCGUCGCCCUGUCGAUCAACUCCAUGCUCCGCGUGGGCGCCACCCGCCUCUCGCUGCUGAGGAAAGUGGCGUGGAGGAGCGCGCAGCUCUUCGCCAUCGGCGUCUUCAUCAUCAACCCAAACUACUGCCAGGGGCCGUUGUCUUGGGACAACCUGCGGAUCCCUGGCGUGCUGCAGCGCCUGGCCUGGUCCUACUUGGCUGUAGCCUGUCUGGAUCUGUUGGUGGCGAGAGGCCAUCUAGACAUCCUCACAACGGAGGCUUGGUGGUCCCCAGGCCUCGACGUCUUGUUGUACUGGCCCGCCUGGCUGUGUGUGCUUCUCUUAGAAGUGGUCUGGCUGUGCCUCACUUUCCUACUUCCUGUGCCAGAUUGCCCAACGGGCUAUCUGGGUCCAGGUGGGAUCGGGGACAUGGGCCAGUACACCAACUGUACCGGUGGAGCGGCCGCUCUCAUUGACCGAUGGCUGCUUGGAGAGAGCCACGUCUACCAGACUCCCUCGUCACGGGUGAUUUAUUCAACUGGUAUGCCACACGAUCCAGAAGGUGUUCUCGGCAGCAUCAACUCCAUCCUCAUGGCGUUUCUUGGACUGCAGGCAGGAAAAAUCAUCUUGCACUACAGAGAUCUCCACACCAGUAUAAUAUCAAGAUUUCUCAUAUGGGGUCUCCUACUGGGAGUCAUAUCAGCCAUUCUGACCAAGUGCUCCACCGACCAGGGCUUCAUUCCCGUCAACAAAAACCUCUGGUCUCUGUCUUAUGUGACAACGCUGGCCUGUUUUGCCUUCGUGCUGCUGGUGCUGGUCUACUACACGGUGGACGUGAAGAGGUGGUGGUCUGGAGCCCCUUUCUACUACCCUGGUAUGAACUCCAUCCUCGUGUACGUGGGCCACGAGGUGUUCGAGGAGUACUUCCCCUUCCGCUGGAGCAUGGCCAACAGCCAAUCCCACGCCGAGCACCUCACGCAGAACCUCGUGGCCACUUCCUGUUGGGUCUUCAUCUCCUACAUGCUCUACAGGAAGAAGAUUUUCUGGAAGAUCUAAACGACGGGACCCUCCGGGGAAAAGCGGAAGACACACACGGUUUACAUCGGAAUUGAAGGCGCUCAAAAUGUGAAACCAUUUGGCAAGCGGGAAACUGAAAAAACAUUUAUUUUGUCGAAAAUAUGCUGGUACUCUGUCUCUGAACAUUUAUUAAUUUUUUGAUUUCAGUCAUUAAUUUACAAGACUUUUUUUUGUUCCCCUUCGAAAGAUCUUCAGCUACGAAGCGGCUGCCAAACAUCUUAACUGACUCAGGAAGAACGCAUCCAAGACUAGCGUCGGGAAUCUGUGAUUACCGACUUUGUUAAUCUGCCAUCUGACUGCGUUGUAGGCGCUUGGUUUUCAUUCCUCAUCUCGCACCGCAGCAGCAGGCUGUUGCCGUGGUGGUUUGUUGACUUCCCUUUAAGCCCCGCUGCCAUCUUCAGUACCGCCGCAUUACUCUGAAAAGCCGAAGUGGGUUUUUUGUGUGUGAGAGCGACGGAAAGAGAGAAGGCUACUCGUCGCUCGUUAUUUCCACUGCGGAGUGGAAGAUGGAAGUGAUAUUUAAAACGAGGGGAAACCAGGAUGUGGUGUGACAUGUGAAGCGCUGAGAGGAAGUGAAGGAGAGCAUGUCAGAUGACUUCAAUGCUUGCUUUGCUUUUUCUUUGUGUCGGUCCAUGCCGAAGCAUGCAUGUGUAGGAGUCCCAUUUUUUUUGGACUGACCUUUUAUAUUUUGUAACUCUUUUCAUGUUGGCAUUGACACAAGUGAUUUAUUGGCCCUUUUCUCUUGCCGAACGUUUACCAUUUUCGAGUAGCCAUUUCUGUUCCAUUUUGUUUCACGAGUUCAUCGAAAGCAACUGUGCUGCCCAUGGCCAGUAGUUGCAAUUGUGGGGUUUAGAGACUCGUGGCGAUGUCUGAGCUCUCCUUCAAACUGUUGCCACUCUCACAGUACUGUACACAUUCUACAAUUGGCAGGUAUUACUUUUAUUACCGCAAGAUCAUCUUAAGUCUGUGAAAUAUCCAAAUGCUGUGGGUGAUUUAUGGAGUAAUUGUUCAUCCAGCACAGUCUCAAUUGAGGAAAUCCAUUGUGCCAAAGUGUUUAUAUACUGUUUUUAUAUGCGCCAUUCGAAAAUGAGUUUAUGUAAUAAAAUGUAAAUAUCUUUUGACUUCCAA